AUGUCAGACGGCUCCAAAGCUCCGAGGAUAGCGAUAAGCUUCGGAGGCUCUUCAAGCACAAAAAACAAUAAGAGACCCUCCCGCGCAGACCCACCAUCAUCAUUGGGCAAGCGAUCCCGAACGAAUGCGCUCGGCACCACCUUCGACUCAGACUCAGACGGUGAGCACGACGGCGGUCGCGGACGGCACGAAGCGAUCACAGAGUUUGGCGGGGAAUCCAAACAGAAAGAGAAGCUCCGCGAGCUGGUUAUUGAUAAGCAACGGAACCGCGACUGGAAAUCGGAGUUGCGCGCGCGUAGAGGCGGCAAGAACCUGCUGCCUGCUGAGGUGCAGGCGCAGCAACGGCAACAGGAGAAUGCCGCGAGACAGCAAUCUGAGUGUGAACCCGCCGACGCGGAUAAGGAAAUACAAUGGGGCUUGACCGUGAAGAAGCGCAAGACGAGCGAAGAGGCUGCGGCAAAACCUGUCGAGGAUAUGACAACGGGGCAGCCCAAGGAGGAGGAGGAUCGUCCACAAGAAAUUAAGGUCCCGCGGAGCGCAGAUGAGGAGGCCAUGGACGCGCUGCUCGGGAAGAAGCGUCGCGAGGAGGAGGAAGUCGUCAUCCAAGCAACGGAGCAGGACGCCUACCUCUCCGACAUCAAGCACGUGGGCGAGGACUCGACGCUUGCGGACUACGAGGCGAUACCAGACGGCGAGUUCGGCGCCGCGCUGCUGCGCGGCAUGGGCUGGGACGGUAAGCUGCGCGGACCGAAGAAAAAGCAGCCGACGGAGCGACGGCAAAACCAGCUUGGUCUGGGGGCCAAAAAGCUGGAGGGCGCAGAGGACUUGGGACAGUGGAACUAUGGCGGAAAGAAGAAGAGCAGCCGGCCGAGGCUGGACGAGUAUCGGCGCGAUGAGGAGAAGAAGCGGAGCGAACGUAAGGAGCGGAGGGGGGAGAGUUACCGAGACGAGAGGGACCGCGAGCGUGAGCGGGACAGGGAUCGGGAUAGACAUGGUCAUCACGAUAGGGACAGGGACAGAGAUCGGGAAUAUUACAGCUCAAGGCAUCGGGGUGGCGAUUCGAGACGAUGA